UCUGGGGGGCGUAGGGACCGUGUGGGCGGCACGGCCUGAGGAGGGAGAGGCGAGGGACUUCCGGGCCGGCCCGGGGACGCGGAGUUCUGGCGUCGGGUCAGUGGUCCUCGGCAGGAGGACUUCGGCCUCCUCGCGCCCCGGGCACGGGGUGACUGGGAGGGCCCGAGGGCCUGGCCUAGGCCGGGAGUGGGAGAGGCGGGAGUCCCGGCCACGAGCUCGAGGUCGGACUUCUGAGUUCCACUGCUUGUGCUUCUCUUUUGAGGAAAGCGUUGAACAGGAAAAUAAGUGCAUUUCAGCGUUUCCCGUCACUUAGGCGCUGUGCAGGGAGCUUUGCAUUUCUCGUUUCCAGGCGGCCCUCCGCCGCGCCGCACUCACGGGAGGCCCGGAGCGGGUGGCCUGGUCCCUGGGGCCGACGUCAGGACCGCCGGGCACCGACCCCGGCCUUUUGCUCCGUAAUUUUCAUGGUCGUGAACCUCCUCGCGACUCUCCAGCCUGCGGGCCACGCACUUAGCUGCGGUAAAGGGUAAUAUUUAGUUUCACAAUGUUUGGGGACCUAUUUGAAGAGGAUUAUUCCAGUGUAUCAACUACUAAUCAGUAUGGAAAAGGAAAAGAAUUAAAGGCCAAACCACUGGAGCCACCUGCUCCUAGAGAGUUUACCAAUUUAAGCGGAAUCAGAAAUCAGGGUGGAACUUGCUACCUCAAUUCCCUUCUUCAGACUCUUCAUUUUACACCUGAAUUCAGAGAAGCUUUAUUUUCUCUUGGCCCAGAAGAGCUUGGUUCUUUAGAGGAAAAGGAUAAUCCUGAUGCAAAGGUUCGAAUCAUACCUUUACAGUUACAGCGGUUGUUUGCUCAGCUCCUGCUCUUAGACCAGGAAGCUGCCUCCACAGCAGACCUCACUGACAGCUUUGGGUGGACAAGCAAUGAGGAAAUGAGGCAACAUGAUGUGCAGGAACUGAAUCGAAUUCUCUUUAGUGCUUUGGAAACUUCUUUAGUUGGGACCUCCGGCCAUGAUCUCAUCAAUCGUCUAUAUCAUGGGACCAUUGUUAACCAGAUUGUUUGUAAAGAAUGUAAGAAUGUCAGUGAAAAGCAGGAAGACUUCUUAGAUCUAACAGUAGCGGUCAAAAACGUAACAGGUCUGGAAGAUGCACUCUGGAACAUGUAUGUAGAAGAGGAAGUGUUUGAUUGUGACAACUUAUACCACUGUGGAUCUUGUGACCGGCUGGUGAAAGCAGCAAAGUCGGCCAAAUUACGUAAGCUGCCUCCCUUUCUUACUGUUUCGUUAUUAAGAUUUAAUUUUGAUUUUGUGAAGUGUGAACGAUACAAGGAAACUAGCUGUUACACAUUCCCUCUUCGGAUCAAUCUCAAGCCUUUUUGUGAACAGAGUCAACUGGAUGACUUGGAAUACAUGUAUGACCUCUUCUCAGUUAUUAUACACAAAGGUGGUUGCUACGGAGGGCACUAUCAUGUGUAUAUUAAAGAUGUCGAUCAUUUGGGAAACUGGCAACUUCAGGAGGAAAAAAGUAAACCAGAUGUGAAUUUGAAAGAUCUUCAGAAUGAAGAAGAGAUUGAUGAUCCACUGAUGAUUCUAAAAACAAUCUUAUCACAGGAGGAGAGUAAUCUGAUUCUUGUUGAUCUUCUGGGCCAGAAAUUUUUGAAAAAGAUAGGAAUAUCUUGGAACAAGAAGUACAGAAAACAGUAUGGACCACUGCGAAAGUUCUUACAGCUUCAUUCUCAGAUCUUUCUACUCAGUUCAGAUCAAAGUAAAGUCAGUCUAUUGAAGAACUCUUCUCUGCAGGCUGAGUCUGAUUUGCAAAGGAAGGAUCAACAAAUUUUCAAGACACUUACUUCAGAAUCCCCAGGAUUAAAUGAUAGAACCUCCUGUUCCCACUGGUUUGAUAUAAAUGAUUCCAAGGUCCAACCCAUUGAGGAAAAGGAUAUUAAACAGCAAUUUCAGGGCAAAGAGAGCGCCUAUAUGUUGUUUUACCGGAAAUCCCAGUUGCAGAGACCACCUGAAGCUCGAGCUAAUCCAAGAUACAGGGUUCCAUGUCAUUUGCUGAAUGAAAUGGAUGCAGCCAACAUUGAACUGCAAACAAAAAGGACAGAAUAUGAUUCUACAAACAAUAUCUUUGAAUUGCAUCUCCACCUGGGACCUCAUUAUCAUUUCUUCAAUGGAGCCCUGCACCCAGUAGUCUCUCAAACAGAAAGCGUGUGGGAUUUAACCUUUGAUAAAAGAAAAACUUUGGGAGAUCUUCGACAAUCAAUAUUUCAGCUGUUAGAAUUUUGGGAAGGAGACAUGGUCCUUAGUGUUGCAAAGUUUGUACCAGCAGGACUUCACAUCUAUCAGACACUUGAUGGAGAUGAUCUGACAUUGUGUGACAUUGAAAUUGCUGAUGAGGAAGACAUCUUUGUAUGGAAUGGAGUGGAGGUUGGCGGAAUCCAGAUUCCCACUGGUAUUGACUGUGAACCUCUGCUUUUAAAUGUUCUUCAUCCGGCAACAGGCAGUGAAGAGUGUCGGCAGUUGGUAGAAUCUCCACUGGUCUUCCCAGCUAAUGCAGAAGUGGGCACAGUAUUCACAGCCUUAGCAAUUCCAGGAGGUGUCAUCUUCACCAGCAAUACUGCAUCUGUAGGUGGAGAGAGCUGGACUGCCAUUCCCAAGGAGGACUUGAAGAAGACAUUCAGAGAACAAGGCCUCAGAAAUGGAAGCUCGAUUCUGAUUCAGGAUUCCAGUAAUGAUAAUAACAGUUUGUUGACCAAACAAGGGAAAUGGAUCACUACUGUGAAUGAGGUUGACUGGGUCCAAGUUAAUAAUUUAUGUCAAUUAGAAUCUGAAGAGGAGCAAGUUAAAAUAUCAGCAACUGUUAACGCAGUGGUGUUUGAUAUUCGAAUUAAAGCCAUAAAGGAAUUAAAAUUAAUGAAGGAACUAGCUGAGAACAGCUGUUUGAGACCUAUUGAUAGAAAUGGGAAGCUUCUUUGUCCAGUGCCAGACAGUUAUACGUUGAAGGAAGCAGAACUGAAGAUGGGGAGUUCACUGGGACUCUGUCCUGGAAGAGCACCAACUUCCUCUCAGCUGUUCCUGUUUUUCGCUAUGGGAAGUGAUAUCCAGCCUGGGUCAGAGAUGGAAAUCAUAGUAGAAGAAACAAUCUCUGUGAGAGAAUGUUUGAAGAUAAUGCUGGAGAAAUUUGGCCUACCAGGUGAUACGUGGCACUUAAGGAAAAUGGAUUGGUGCUAUGAAGCUGGGGAGCCUUUGUGUGAAGAAGGUAAUAGAGGCAUAGGGUUCACAAACAAAAGUCCAGUGGUCUGUUUGUUCCUUGCAGAAGUCACAAGUAACAAAAAAGAAUUUCCAUAUUCCCAGGAUGCAACACUGAAAGAGCUUAUGCUAUGUUCUGGAGACACUCUGCUUUUAACGGAAGGAAAACUUCCUUCUCCGGGUCUCCUGAACGUGCCCAUCUGGUGGUACCAGCCUCCGGGGCCCAAGAGUCAGGGGAAGAGACACCUGGACCAGACGAACUGUACUCCUUCUCAAGGCGGGGUCUGGAGAGCUACUUCCACCCCAGGUGCUGCUGGUGAUGUGCAUGCGGAUGUUCCCCUCCGCUACCUGGGAGACGUCAAAAUCUCAGAAGAUGCCACCCUAGGGGAGCUGAAGGCUCAGGCUAUGACCUUGCCCUCCUUGUCGGAGUUUUUCAUCCCGUCCCCUGCCUUCCUCAGAGCCUGGACAGUGGACAGUAAGCGCCCUGGGAGGCUUUUACGAAAAAACCAGCAGCAGCUCAGCCCUCAGGACAUGUUGCUGAGGACACAGAUGCGCCUCCCUGGCGAACGGGCAUAUGCCCUGCCCAUGGACAUGGUGUGGGACGCUGCCCGGGGCACUGCCAGCUCCCUGCGGCAGCGAGUGGCUGACUUCUAUUCCCUUCCUGUAGAGAAGAUUGAAAUUGCCAAAUACUUUCCUGACAAGUUUGAGUGGCUUCCAGUGUCCAGCUGGAACCAGCAAAUUACCAAGAGGAAAAAGAAGAAAAAGCAAGAUAAUUUGCAGGGUGCACCUUAUUACUUGAAAGAUGGAGAUAUUAUUGGUAUUAAGAAUCUCCUGGUGGAAGAGGACGAUGACUUCAGCACAGUCCGAGAUGACAUUGGGAGGGAGGACCCUGCUCUGGGAAAAAGGAAAAGCCUGGAAGCACUUCGCGUGCAGAGCAACAGCCUUCUCUCCAGUGCAGAGACACCUGGCCGGCCCCACAGACCAGAAGCUUCUCUGUCCAUCCACGUGGGGAGUUUCAGAUAGCGCCGGCACCGCUGAGGUCCCUGUGGGCUCAGGUUCAGUCGGAACUGGUACCAGGGCCUGGCCAGCAGGGGACUCCGCCCCUGCCAACUUUGCUUGUGGUUCCGUGAGAGCAGGCUUGUAGGCUGCUUCCACUUUAUUAGAGGGACGUUUGGUCUCAGGCCAGGCAAGUGCACUUUCUCACCGGCCUGCACAGCAUGGCCACCGAGGGACUCCCAGCUGGGCUGUCUCACAGGUGCCAGUGAGACUGCACUGGACCCAGCCACCACAGUUACAAGAACAUUCCUAGUUCUGCAUCGACUCCAGGCUCGCAUAGCAUGUUGGCCAGUGAAGUGCACACAGUCAUCUCUCCUCCCUUCACUGACCAGACAGCGUAGUGUCUGCACUCAGAGCUUCUGAGAGCUCAGCACACGGAUGGGCUGGCCAGGCUGGUGCAGGACACACAGGGAGUCUGUUCUAGUUCAAAGUGUGUCGUCCAUGAUCAGAACGUUCCGGAAGCCUGUGCGCUGUGCUAAUGGUCCGAGAAACCUCUCCUGAAACAAACAAAGGAAGCGUGCACAAGCUCCUUUUCCUUUCCCUUCAGCAUGGCCAGCUAUGGAUUUAAAAGGUGUCACUGGCAUUUAUGACAAAUGCUGCAUCUGUGUUACGAGCCGACUGACACUUAGGACACAGACGAUUCACUUAACUCAGUCAAAAGUGGGAUUCCUGAAAAGAAAGUAAAUUCUUCACUUUUAUGCCUCCAACAAGGCGAAGUACGGUUACAACGUCACACAAAUCUCUCAUCAGCCCUUCAUCACCGACAUUAAGAUAGCACUUCCAUGUUCAGAGGUGGACGGACGAGGUCUCCUGUCCCGCUCGCUGAGAGAGGAAGUGGAUAUUGGGUUGGAUGAGCCCGCUUUUGCCUCCUGUCCCCCUUCCAGCCUCAUCAGAACCAGCUGGAACCCUCAGUCUCCUCCCUAUUUGUCUGAGAUUGUUGGGUCUAAACUGCUAAUUUGUAAGAAGUUGGACUUUCACUAGCAAGCUGCCCCCAUGUUCUCAACACUCAGCCCGUCUCAGGAUGCGCACUUGGGGUGGCGGCGUGUUUGUGAAGAUCCCGGACUGUGAGCUCAGGGUGGCUGGGAGCCCAGCCCUCCGUGCAAACUCUCCUGUUCCUUUUACUGUGACUGACAUGUCUCCUGCUGCACCCUUCGUGUCAUUUUAAGGUAAUGAAGUAAUGUAGUAACUGAAAGCUUUGCUGUUGAGAAGCCAGACACCUCACUGGAUGUGACUCACCAAGACAGAGGGGGAUGGGUGUGUGUGCCUUAGCGUCCGCAAUGAGCCACUGGGGCCUCCAGCUCCCUUUUUUCUUAAAGUUGCGAUGCACUGGGGCUGCAGAGAGAGCUGUACAAUUUAAUAAAGAACAAAUAAAGUGUCUUCACGUUC